CCCCCCCCCGAGACGACAGAAGACACAGGCAUCCUUGGAGGCGAAUCAACACCGCCUGUGUAUGACUGGUCGGCUCCAAACCUAGUUCAUUCGACCCCGUUUGGAUUUUCUACUAACCUUGACCAUCCCCUCGGGCCCGGUCCUGCCGGUAUUCCCAAUGAACCCACUGAGGACCAAUUCUCGAAUGCCAAAGUCCCCAUACCACGCUCUGCUAAUCCCAACGUUUGGACUAGCAGUGGUCGUACCAGCCGAGCAUGUGAGAACUGUCGUGAACAGAAGGCUAAAUGUAGCGGCCACCGUCCUGUCUGCACACGAUGCAAGGAUUCGGGUCUCCAGUGUAUCUAUAGUUACCGGAAACGAGAGAAAAUGGUCAAGCAAGUGGAGGAUCUCACUGCACAGGUGCAUUCCUAUGAGAAUGUGCUUCGCGAGAUUUAUCCUAAACUCGACACCCUAUCAGGCCAGUUCGUCGAUCGAAUGUUGGGUGACCAAUUAGUCAGAAUUUCGCACUCGGCGGCCUUCUCGGAAGAUGGCUCCAGCACGGCACAUCCCUUGGCGGCCAUGGACCAUACCGAGGAAGAUUUCAACCGUGAUGAAAAAGUCCAAGCACUUGGAUUUGUUGGUGAGCAUGCUGAAAUCACAUGGCUCUACAGACUCAAGCGAGACCUUGACCAGGAGAGCUCGACCCCGAGCGGAGAAACACUGGAUCGGCCCUCGAUCUCGUCGCUUAACUAUUUCCUAGGAGAGAUGGAGUUACUUUGCUUCGAUGAAAUCGAGUUGACAGGGCGCCCUCCCCAAACCAUCGCUGAUCAGUUUGUUGAGGCAUACUUUGAGACGGUCCACCCUGCUUUCCCCAUAAUUGGGAAGAGUGUAUUCCUUGGUCAAUAUCGUUCCUUCUACUCGAAUCCAAAUCUACAACCUGGGAAGCGGUGGAUGGCGGUCCUGAACUUGGUAUUUGCUAUCGGGGCAAGAAACUUUUUUCUACUCAAUGGCCCACUCGCGGAACCAGCUGAUAAACCCGUGGUGUUCUUUACUAGGGCAUGGCGGUUAAGUCUGGAAAAUGUAGCGUUGUUUGAUCACCCCAAUCUCCAGCAGACCCAAGUAGAAGGAUUAGCGGCCUUCUUUCUCCUUGCCACCGGUCAGGUCAAUAGGUCCUGGCGGAUCAUCGGGAUUGCGAUUCGUUCUGCCGUAGCCAUGGGCCUUAAUCUUCGUAGCCAGAGCGAUUCCAUUCCAUACGUUUCGAAAGAGACCCGAUAUCGAGUUUGGUGGGCGUUAUUCACCCUCGAUAUUGUCCUCUCCGUGAUGACUGGCCGUCCUCCCAGUGUCGGCAAAACAUUUUGUACGACACCCCUACCCGUCCCUUACCGAGACGAGGAUUUCCCAGAUGAAGCCGUCAAGCAACUUAUUACCGACCAUGGACUCCGGAAUACUCUUUUACGAUCCCUCCUCUCCGACGAUAACAUACCAGGGUUGAAUGAGGCCACAAUGGAUAGGUCUCCGGGGCCGUCUCAAACGUCGGGGCUAGGGAGUCAAGAAGGGCCAUCUAAUCAAAUCAAGCUUGAGGCAUUGACCCCUAGUAUGACAUUCUAUUUCUUGUAUGCGGUGGACCUGGGGCUCCUUAUGCGACGGGCCAUCGAAGCACUGUAUGCACCUGGAGCAACGCGACGGACAUGGAAGGAGAUAGAGAACGCAAUAUCAACCUUCAAUGAUCAGGCUGAUCAAUGGCUAUCUCGGCUUCCAGCACAAUUCAACUUCGCCCGGCUUUCCAUAAAUCACCCUCUGGCUCUCCAAAGAGCUCGGUUAGCCUUUCAGUUCUUCACGACUAAGCUUGUCAUUACCCAACCGUGUCUCCGUCACUUAGCUUAUCAGCCUGUUGGCUCCCCAGCUUCAGGACAUCAAUGUGAUGCUAUGGCGACGGUUUGCGUUCAAACGGCAAAGCAAAUGCUUUCGAUCUUCCCAGACGCAUUCGACGCGUCUUUUCUGUACCGAAUUUGCCCAUGGUGGUGCAUUCUGCAUUAUAUAGUGCAAUCUCUCACGAUUCUCCUCAUCGAGCUCUUUACUCGCUCUCAUCCAGGAACCAUCGAAUCUCUCGGACUUGCUAAGGAUAUCCGGAGGGCAAUGCAUUGGUUACGCGAAAUGGCUGCCCGGGAUUCGUCCUCACAUCAGGCAUUCUCUGUCUUCAGAGAUAUCCUCGCUCGUCAUGGUCCAAGGUUCGCAUUGAAUGUUGACUGA